AUAGACUCCCCUAAAUACUCGAUUUCGUUUCCCAUAUAACACUUGCCGGAAGGGAAGGCCAGGGAGAGGACAUUUAUAAGUUAAACCCUAAAUGUGACAGGACUAUGGCAUCAAAUUUUGAAUCCUCCAUUCAGAGGGGCUGUGAUUUCAUCCACGAUUUCGUCUGUUCCCCAUGCGAAGAAGAUGACUUGAACACGGAAGCUCAAUAUUUCUGUAAUCAGUGUACGAAAUAUUACUGCGUAAACUGUGUCCUAGUUCACAACAAGCUAUUCAAGAGACACUCGGUGCUCGACCGGACGGACAUGACGAAAUGGGCAGCAGCACCAGGGAUGGUGGACGUCCUCGAGAGAUGCGAGAGGCACCCCGGGGAGGCUCUCAAGCUGGUCUGUGGUGACCAUGACCAGCUGUGUUGUCCCGUGUGCGUUGCCAUGGAUCAUAGACACUGCUCAUCAAUACAGCACAUUCCAGACGUUGCAAAGGGCAUCCGCAAAGAUCCCGGGUUUCGACAACUACCUCAACAGGUUGCUGUUCUUAGGAAGCAGAUAGAAGAUAUGAAAAACGACCGAAAGAAAAAUAGUUCCUCAUUGAGGAAGACUCGAACAGCCAUUGUUGAUGAAAUCAAAGCAAUUCGUAAAAAGAUCAACGACAUUCUUGACAAGAUGGAGAAAACAACCGUUCAAGAAUUAGACCGUCUGGUAGCUGAUCAGGAAAUGUCCAUUAAGAAAGAUAUGGAAUCCUGCACACAGAUGCACGAUGAAUUAAAGAACAUCAUAGAUGACAUACAAAGCAAAGACUCAUCAGGCGAACCACCCCUAUAUAUUGGUUUCAAAAAAUGUGAAGAAAAAAUCAAAAAAGGAAAAGAAAUUCUGCAAAACAUGUCAAGUGUUGUCAAAUACGAUUUAACUUUUCGUAAACAUAAUGGAAUAGAAGAUAACUUGUCUUCGAUGAAGACAUUUGGAGAGUUAAAUGAAUCGAAUGUUUUUGGUGCACAACCAUGUACAUCGCUAUUCCCGCGAGAUCAUGUAUUUGCUACAGAAGGCUACAAGGAGUACAACGUGAAGAUGAGUUCAGACAGAUGUAACUGUGAUAUUGAAGGGAUAUGUGGACUGCCUGGUGGAGAGGUUGUUAUUACAGACGGCACCAACAAGAAAGUGAAACUCCUGGACCAGGAGUACAGGGUUGUCGACCACUGUGAUGUUCCUAAGUAUCCACUUGACGUGUGCCACAUUGGCGGGAAUGAGGUUGCCGUUUGUGUUAACAAUAACGACGAUAGAUGUGAACUUCAUUUCAUUAACAUUACAAAAGGAAAACUUGUGACUACGAGAAAGUUAAGUUUCACCCAUAGAUGUUACAGCGCAGCUUAUCACGGGAGCAACCUUUACAUUUCAUCACGCACCGCGCUGUACGUCUAUACGAUGACGGGGAAGCUGAUAGAGAAGCUCUAUGAGGACAAGUCGAUGACGAGAAUUGCCAUCAGUAACGAAGGGAAGAUUAUCUACAUCACAAACUUCUCAAACAAUCAACUUAUCACCCUGGACAACCUCGGCAACAAGCUGGCCACAUUCACUGAUCCUGACUUGUUGAAACCUCGGGGAGUACACGUGACAGCUGCUGGACACGUGUUCGUCUGCUGCCAUAACUCCCACACAGUACUGCAGGUUGACAAGGACGGGAAGACGAAGUUGGCCACACUGGCAAGGGAACAAGACGGAGUGUACAAACCUAGAGCUUUGUUCUUCAGCAGCCGCUCUUCCUCUCUGGUUGUCGGCGGAAUGAAAGACACGCUUCUCGUUCUUAAUGUACGAUAAAUAAUAGAUCCAAUUACAAGUGACAAAAAUACAAUUAUUUUAACUGAUUGAUUUUUACUUUAACCUUUCUGGUAAAUAUAAGCAUGGAUGGAAAAAUGUAUAUAAUACAAGAAUCCUAUUUGCUUAAACAUACAUAUACCUUUAAAUGUUACGUAUUUUAUUUGCGUUUAGCUACAUAGUUAUAAAGUUUAUCGUGCGCAUGUUAUACAACUAUAUCACUGUUGAUUUUAAAAUGUUAUUCACAUAUGUUAUAUAUCUGGUAUGAGUGUGUAUGUAUAUGUAUGAAUUAUUCUCUCUUUAAUGUGCAAAUAAAUACAUAGUAUA